GGUCCCCGGAACCCAGGCGCGGCCAGGCAGGGAAGUCGCCCUGCCGCCUCCUCCGCGCAACCUGCCAGGCCUCCCGUGGCCCACGGAGGACGCCGCGGGGCCGCGCGCUCGGGAGGACUUUGGGCUGCGCUCACUCUUCCCACUCGGAGGCGCGGAGGUUGGCGCAAACUUUUCCGAGGAAAGCAGCGGGGACGCCCCGGGCCGGAGCGCAUCCCAGGCAGGUGGCUCCCGGCCCCCGCGCCGCUCGCGGAGAACAAAGGCGGGUAGGGGGCGGUGGCCGAGGGCGGAGCGAGGCCGUGGGCCAGCCUCCAGCCCACGCGCGGGACCCGGGAGGGACCCCGGGAGGCGGAGGGGGACGGGAGGGGAGGGCCGGGGGCCCGCGGAGGCGCGGCCGCGGUGGGAGGGGAGGCUGACGUGCGCGGGGGCCGGGCCGGGGGCGGCGGGGAAGGGGCGGCAGCCUGCGCGCCGGCGGCCGGGGCGGGGCCGGGGGCCGAGGGCGGCGGGAGGCGCUGCGGCUGCGGCGGCCCGGGCGGCGGCUGCGGCGGCGGAGCGAGGGGCGCCGAGGGCGGAAGCGGGCCGCGGGGCGGCGGGCGGAAGCGGGCGGCGGCCGAGGGUCGUCGGCGAGGGCAGCGCGCUGGCGGCGGCCAUGGCGGUGGCGGCAGCGCUGGCGGGCCGCGGGCCGCGCGGAGGCAGGGGCCGGCCCCCGGGCGGCGGGCGGGCGGAGGGGGCGGGGCCCGGGCGGCGGGCGGCCCGCGCGGCGGCGGCGGCGGCGGCGGCGGCGGCAACGGCCGGGACGAAGCGGCGGCGGCGGCGGCGGCGGCGGCGGCGCGGGGCGCUCGGGCUGAUGGCGGCGGCGGCGGCCGGCCCCGGGACGGCGCAGUCCCCGCGGCCGUGCGACAGCGACCCGGCCACCCCCGGAGCGCCAUCCCCGAAGGAUGAUCAUGAGGAGAAUUCAAACGAUGGGACCCAGCCAUGCAAGAGGAGGCGCAUGGGCUCAGGAGACAGUUCCCGCAGCUGCGAGGCCUCGAGUCAGGACCUUGGCUUUAGCUACUAUCCAGCAGAAAAUUUGAUAGAAUACAAAUGGCCGCCUGAUGAAACAGGAGAGUACUAUAUGCUUCAAGAACAAGUCAGUGAAUAUUUGGGUGUGACCUCCUUUAAACGGAAAUAUCCAGAGCGACGAGAUUUGUCUCAUAAGGAGAAACUCUACCUGAGAGAGCUAAAUGUCAUUACAGAAACUCAGUGCACUCUAGGUUUAACAGCAUUGCGCAGUGAUGAAGUGAUUGAUUUAAUGAUAAAAGAAUAUCCAGCCAAACAUGCUGAGUAUUCUGUUAUUCUACAAGAGAAAGAACGCCAGCGAAUUACAGAUCAUUAUAAAGAGUAUUCUCAAAUGCACCAACAGAGUACUCAGAAAGUUGAAGCCAGCAGAGUGCCUGAGUACAUCAAGAAAGCUGCCAAAAAAGCAGCUGAAUUUAACAGCAACUUAAACCGGGAACGUAUGGAAGAAAGGAGAGCUUACUUUGACCUACAGACACAUGUUGUCCAGGUGCCUCAAGGGAAGCACACAGUGCUGGCGACCGAGCGCACCAAGGCCAGCCCCUACCCUGUGGCCCUCAUCCCUGGACAGUUCCAGGAGUAUUACAAAAGGUACUCACCGGAUGAACUGCGGUACUUGCCAUUAAACACAGCACUUUAUGAGCCGCCCCUGGACCCUGAACUCCCUGCCCUGGACAGUGAUGGUGAUUCAGAUGAUGCCGAGGAUGGUGCCGCUGACGAGAAACGGAAGAAUAAAGGUGCCUCGGAUAGCUCGUCUGGUAACGUGUCUGAGGGGGAAGGCCCUCCCGACAGCCAGGAGGAGCCUGUCCAGGGAAGACAGAGAUGCAGGGACAAAGCUGCUACUCCCAGAAAAGAUGCUUCCAAACGCUCUGUACUGUCCAAGUCAGCUCCUGGGUACAAGCCUAAGGUCAUUCCAAAUGCUCUAUGUGGGAUCUGUCUGAAGGGUAAGGAGCGCAACAAGGAAGGGAAGGCCGAGCCACUUAUACACUGCUCCCAGUGUGACAACAGCGGCCAUCCUUCUUGCCUGGAUAUGACCUUGGAGCUUGUUUCUAUGAUUAAGACCUACCCAUGGCAAUGUAUGGAAUGUAAAACUUGCAUUAUAUGUGGACAACCCCACCAUGAAGAAGAAAUGAUGUUCUGUGAUGUGUGUGACAGAGGUUAUCAUACUUUUUGUGUGGGCCUUGGUGCUAUUCCAUCAGGUCGCUGGAUAUGUGACUGUUGUCAGCGAGCCCCCCCAACACCCAGGAAAGUGGGCAGAAGGGGGAAAAACAGCAAGGAGGGAUAAAAUAGUUUUUUGACCCCAACGAUGUAAUAUGCAUUUGAGUGAAAUAUUUGCUGCCAGUUUAUUUACAACAUUUUUAUGCCAAUAAAAUAUUUUUAUUUUGAAAUUAACUGUG